GGCAACACUUUCUAAAUAAUGUUAUCGAAAUUUCAAUGGAAAAAACGAUAUAAACGAGGCAAUUUUUCCAUAGCGCGGUCAAGUCUUUGGUAUAAAUAGUUGAUUAGUUACCUUGGUAAAUUUGAGACAUGUGCACCAUAGGGGAUGAUGAUGUCCUUGAUGAUAGCAUGAACAGCCACAUGACUAAACAAGAACAUAUAUCAAUUUCCUCGCAAAAGGGUAUUUGCCGUAAAUGCGGCCAGGACGGAGAACUUUAUAAGCUACACUUUCGCGAAGCGGAAUGUAAGGACUGUUUUCUUCUUUAUGUUAACCAUAAAUUCCGAGCAACUGUUGGAUCUUCGAAAGCUCUUCCACGAAAUGCGAAUAUACUUUUAGUGUUUGAUGGUAGUGCAGAGGCAAUAGUACUACUGGAUAUGUUACAAAAGGCGCAAUCAGAAUCGAAUUUCAAGAGGCUACAUUGCGACUUCAAAGUUUUAUUUAUUGACGAUUACGAAUUCUGCAAUAACGCUUGUCAUAUAAAUGAUUAUAACUUGUAUAUACAGCAAGUGAAAGAUUUUUUAUUAAGUUACGACGGUAUAAAAAGUUAUGUUAUUAAUUCGAAAUCCGAUAUAAAUCAAGUGCCAUUUGAUAUUAAAAAGAUUAAUAUAUAUUUAAAUAGAGAAACCGAAAAAGAAGCGCAAUUUGCAAAGGACAUAAAUAGAAUUCGAACAGCAUCAAGCCGGAAUGAAUUUCUAAAAAUUUAUCGCAGGAAUUUGGUAGCGUCGAUGGCUAAACACUUAAGUUGUGUAUAUGCUUUUAUACCUACAAUAAAUAUAGGAAUAGCAACCGAUCUGCUUUCAGCUAUUGCACUUGGACAGGGAAAUAACGUUGCUCAUGACGUUGCAUUCAAAGAUGAUCGACUGCUUAAUGGAAUCAGAAUUAUGCGACCACUUAAGGAUCUAAGUGAAUUAGAAGUCUUACUUUAUAUGCGUGCACUAAAUAUAAAAUGUUUGAAAAACUUUGAUAACCUGAAGUCUACUAGUUCUUCCAACAGUUUACAGGGAAUAACUGAGUCAUUUAUCCGAAAUCUACAAGAAAAUUACACCUCAACAGUUUCAACAAUAAUUCGCACUGGAAGUAAAAUUACAGCAAAUAAUUUCAAAUCUGCGGGAGAUGAAUCUGAAAAAAUAUGUUGUAUAUGUAAUUCAUCCAUAACCAACGAUUCUAAAACUCUUUCUGCUGUUAGAUAUUCCCGCUAUGUCUCCGAAAGACCGAUAAGUUUGAAUGAAUUAGACGACAGCUUCACAAAAUAUUUAAACUUAACCAAUAAUCAAGAAGAAAAUUUAUGUAACAGUUGUGAAAAUAUACGACGGGACAGCGAUAUUCAUUUAAUAAAACAAUAUUUAUUAUAAAUUAUAGAUGUGCAUCGACUCAAAAAAUAUAAAAACUAAUAAAACUAAAAAAAAUUAA